AUGAACGGUGCAUCAGCUCGUUUCCAAAUCGACACGGCAUCAGAUAUAACCUUAAUGUCUAGAGAAAAGUACAACAUGCUGGGAAAACCGCCAAUGAAGCCAUCUAAGAAAACAGUUAAAAGCGCUUCAGGUGGUGUGUUAAAACUGGUUGGUGAAUUCCAGUGUGAAUUUUCCUUCAACGGAACAAAGUGUAGAGGAAUAUGUUAUGUGACAGAACGGCCAAACCUUGAUCUUCUUGGUCUAGAUAUGCUAGAAAAACUGGGAAUAAUGGAUCUACCCAUUAACAGCGUCUGCAGCGUAUCGUGUUCAUCAUUGGACACCCCGAUACUUAAAAAGAAGACAGGUGAAAGGUUACAAGAUAAACGAAAGAGGAAGUCAGCCUCUGUUUCUCAGAAUAGCCUUGGCCGCUGUACGAAUCUGAAAGCUAACCUACCAGCGAAAGCAGAUGCCAAACCUACUUCACGUCCGAGACGCCCUAUACCAUAUGCUGUUCAUGAGCCUCAACAAGACUUAUCGGUGGGGAAGCAGCCCGAUCGACGGUUGUCUAGAGAUAUGGUUCCUACAAAGCAGGCGGCUCGUAAGAGUACGGGUGGCAAGGCACCCAGGAAGCAGUUGGACCCUAGCACCAGAUCCUACGAAUCUUCUCAAAGGGGAGGUGUUAGUGGGACAUAGAUGGAUUUAAAGCAUGAUUACGUCACUACGCGCUGAUUGGCUAAUUUCCUAUCCAAUCAGCGCCUGAUCGAAGCUUGGAGAACAGGAUAGAAAAUUCUCGUAUUAUUAGCUGCAUGCUGAUUGGUCAAAUCCAGCCCAGUCGAUCACGUGAAUUUUCUUCCAGAAGUUUUCUCAUGUAAAGGCUAUAAAUAGACUCGCAUUGUAUUUAUCUUUGCCUUCUAGCCUUCUUCGCUUUCAAGCCUUUUUGCCUUGGCUUUCGCCAUCACCUCCAGCUUCUUGUUCCUUGCUAUUUUGGAAUACAAU